AUGGAGGUUCCACCCACAAUAGAAAAGGUGGUGGAGGACAAAGAGGAAGAGGAGGGCGCUGUCGACCCCGUUAGCGAUGCGGCAAUAGCUAAAGAAGUUGAAACCAAGCUAGAGAUAAACAACGACGAAGAAGAAGCCCUUGAAUCCGAAAAGCCAAACGAGGGAGAGAUCGAGGAGAUGGAUAGCAAGAAGGCUCAGAAAGCGGUGUCGGUGGUGCCUGUCGACGAGCCUCAAGAAGUCGAAGAUGCAAAGAAGGAAGGCGUAAUUCUCGACGAGGCUUUGGAGGAGACAAAGAAGGAGAAAGAAGAGAAGGUAGAAGUAGAGGAAGCAAGCAAGGAAACUACUUGUGAGAAGAGUGAUGAUGAGUAG